UUUUAUUUCUGAUGAACGCAAAAGCUGACACUCAGAUUAAUGACCAACAGCAGAAAAGAAAGGAGUCUGGUGUUGUAAGUGGGGGUAAUUGUAAUUCCCUCUGCUUGACGCUCCAAUUGGCAAUUUUAGGGUUCUUUUCUCCUGUCUUUCUUGCUUCGUUCCUUCUGAUCCACGCGGAGGUCCGAUUGCUUUUUCGAGAAAAUUCGACGCUGAUCUUACGAUUUCCAUACUUUUUAAGGUCGCUCUGUCUCUGCAUUGCUCUGAGUCCCCUCAAUCGAGACGCAUAAUGCCUCGGUAUUAUUGUGACUAUUGCGAUACUUACCUGACGCACGACUCUCCUUCUGUUAGGAAGCAGCACAACGCUGGUUAUAAACACAAGGCUAAUGUGCGGAGUUAUUAUCAGCAAUAUGAGGCACAGCUGAAUCAAAGUUUGAUUGAUCAAAAGGUCAAGGAACAUCUUGGGGCAUAUCGACCAGUUGGUCCUCCUUAUCCCUUGAGACCUGGCAUUCCUGUUCUACCUACACCUCAGAUGCCCAUGCCCAUGCCCAUGCCCAUGCCCAUGCCCAUGCCCUUACCUGUGCCCGUGCCAGGGUCUGCAUCAUUGCCUGGUUCAGCCCCAUUAAUCCCAGGAAUCAGGCCACCUCCCAUGUUGCCUAGACCUGUACCUAGUGCUCCAGGUUAUUCCAUGUCACAAAUGGUGACACCACCAACUGCUCCGCUGCCUAGUCAAUUAAAUGGUAUUCCAAGGCCCUUAACUGCUCCUCCACCAGUGGUUCCUAAUAGCGCUGGAAUGCCAGCAUCUAGUGGUGCCCCACCAAUGUUUACUCCUGUGUAUCAAGGGAACAUGGCUGUCCCAACAACUGGCAGUGGUGAAAGUUCUGAUAUGAAUGCCCAAGCUGCCGAGGCUAAUCAUUAGUAUGUCCAAAAUUAUGUUUACUUCUGAGGUUAAUCAUUAGUAUGUCCAACAUUAUGUUCACUUGUCUUUUUAGCUGUUGGGUUGUUGCAAUGGAGAUUGCAUCCUGUCAAAAACAGAUGCUAGAACUUGUGUAGAAAAUUUUGACAGCUAGAUGAAGGACAUAAAGUUAUUCUUGUUUCUAAAUGCAUUCCAUGUGUUAUAUGUGUGUUAUUGCCAAUAAUGGGGGAGAUUCUUGUGCUCUCAUGAAGUGGCAUUUUGUAACACAGAGGAUCUGCAAUUUUCACUUACCAUGUUAAUGGCAAACGAACAUGUUUCUGUUUAAAAA